CCGGGAGCCGGAGCGGGCCGGGGUCCGCGCCCGCAGCCAGGGCCCCCCACCCCUCCGGGGGGAUGGCGCGCUGAGGCCCGGCCGGGCAGGACCGGCUCCGGGACCGCCCCGACAGCCAGCGCCAUUGUCAGGAGCUGCUGCUGCUGCCGUCAGCAGGCACGGGGACGAUGGCAUACACACUGAGUCCCGGCUCCUCCUCGGGGCCCAUCGGGACCCAGUACUGCGUCUGCAAAGUGGAGCUCUCUGUCUGCGGCCAGAACCUCCUGGACAGGGACGUCACCUCCAAGUCCGACCCCUUCUGUGUCUUGUUCACGGAGAGCAACGGCAAGUGGUCAGAGUUCGAUAGGACGGAAACAGCUGUGAAUAACCUGAACCCGGCCUUCUCCAAGAAGUUUGUCAUCGACUACCACUUCGAGGAGGUCCAGAAGCUCAAGUUCGCCCUGUUUGAUCAGGACAAGUCAAGCAUGCAGCUGGACGAGCAUGACUUCCUGGGCCAGCUGUCCUGCACCCUGGGCAUGAUCGUCUCGAGUAAGAAGAUCACACGGCCCCUGGUUUUGGUGAACGAGAAACCGGCCGGAAAGGGAACAAUUACGAUCACGGCCCAAGAACUCUCAGAUAACCGCGUCAUUACACUGAGCAUGGCUGGAAGGAAGCUGGACAAGAAGGACCUCUUCGGGAAGUCUGACCCAUUCUUAGAGUUCUAUAAGCCGGGCGACGACGGGAAAUGGAUGCUGGUCCACAGGACAGAGGUGAUUAAAUAUACCUUAGACCCUGUGUGGAAGCCAUUCACUGUGCCGCUGGUGUCACUGUGCGAUGGAGAUGUACAGAAACCCAUACAGGUCAUGUGCUAUGACUACGACAAUGACGGUGGCCAUGAUUUCAUUGGUGAGUUCCAGACCUCCGUGGAGAAGAUGUGUGAAGCCCAAGAUGGCCUGGCGCUGGAGCUAGAAUGCAUUAACCCCAAAAAGCAAAAGAAGAAAAAGAACUACAAGAACUCUGGCAUCAUCAUUGUCCGUUCCUGUAAGAUAACAAGAGAAUACUCCUUUCUGGACUACAUCCUGGGAGGCUGCCAGUUAAUGUUUACGGUGGGAAUAGACUUCACAGCCUCCAAUGGGAACCCCCGAGACCCCACCUCUUUGCACUAUAUCAACCCCAUGGGCACUAAUGAGUAUCUUUCGGCCAUCUGGGCAGUCGGACAGAUCAUUCAAGAUUACGAUACGGACAAAAUGUUCCCCGCUUUGGGGUUCGGCGCCCAGCUGCCCCCAGACUGGAAGGUUUCUCAUGAAUUCGCCAUCAACUUCAAUCCCACCAACCCUUUCUGCUCCGGGGUGGACGGCAUCGCCCGGGCCUACUCUGCCUGCCUGCCUCAUAUCCGCUUCUACGGACCCACCAACUUCUCCCCCAUCGUCAACCACGUGGCUCGCUUCGCCGCCCAGGCCACGCACCAGCAGUGUGCCACGCAGUAUUUCAUCCUCCUCAUCAUCACGGAUGGCGUCAUCAGCGACAUGGACGAGACGCGGCAUGCGGUGGUGCAGGCCUCCAAGCUCCCCAUGUCCAUCAUCAUCGUGGGCGUGGGCAACGCCGACUUCGCCGCCAUGGAGUUCCUGGAUGGGGACCACCGCGUGCUGCGCUCCUACACCGGCGAGGAGGCCGCCCGCGACAUCGUGCAGUUUGUGCCCUUCCGCGAGUUCCGCAAUGCAGCUAAAGAAACUUUGGCCAAAGCUGUGUUGGCGGAACUGCCCCAGCAAGUCGUGCAGUAUUUCAAGCACAAAAACCUGCCCCCCAUCAACUCAGAGCCCGAGUAGGACUCUCCCCGGUUCCAGGACCUUUUUCCUCUCUCCCUCCUCCAGCAUGUGCCCCCAAAACCAUCUCGUCUACCCCCCCUGAAAACUGCAUGUUUGUCUCUGUUUCCUCGUGGGUGGCUUUUCUAAAUUCCCAUUUUUAUUUUUUACAGCCGGACAUCCUCCCCCACCCCCAAUUCCAUCUGGCUUCCUUUGUAAAUCUCCUACCCACAUGACGCUCUCGGGGCCUGACAGGGCCCACCCCCUCUCCCUGUGUCACUUAAGUAUUGAAUGUACUUUGUAAAACUUUAGUGGACUAAUUAUUAAAGAGAAGAAAAUUUUUACAAAUCUGAACUUACUCUUUCCACGUAAAUAGUUACGUACUCAGUUCCAAAAGAUGUGCAUCAGUUGUGUAUUCCUGCUGUACCCGUGCCCCUCGUGCUCUUGUUCGUUUUUAUACCGUGGACAUGUUAUUUGUUAUACUCAGGUUAAUAAAGAAACUCAGACAUUCCUCACCUGC